GGAGGCGGUCUCUGGCCUCAGCACCAUGGAAACGCUUGGUGGGGCUGGGGUGGCCAUGGCUGCUCCGUCUGUCUUAACUGCUAAGGCUGUGACUGCUUUCCUCGUGUUGGUCGUCCCUAGCAUCUCGCAGGCUCUGACCUUCUCCUUUCCUUUCCAGCAGCCGGAGACAUGCAGCCACAACCAGUACUUUGAUAUCUCGGCUUUGUCCUGUGUCUCGUGUGGAGCCAACCAGAAGCAUGAUGCGCGAGGCACCUCAUGUGUAUGUUUACCAGGAUUUCAGAUGAUUUCUAAUAAUGGAGGACCUGCCAUUAUUUGUAAAAAGUGUCCAGAAAAUAUGAAAGGUGUUACUGAAGAUGGCUGGAACUGUAUUUCUUGCCCUGGUAGCUUAACUGCAGAAGGGAAAUGCUACUGUCCCACUGGCCAUAUUUUAGUGGAGAGACAUGUUAAUGGAUCGUUGUUAUCUCAAGCAAAGUGUGAGCUUUGUGAUGGAAAUGAGACGUCUUUUACAACAGCCAAUGCUUUAGGAAACGUAUGUGUCCGAUGUGAACCAACAUUCAUUAAUGCCACCAGAUCCUGUGAAUGUUCAGAACCUAACAUUUUAGCAGGGGGAUUAUGUUUCCGCAGCCUAGAGAGUUCUUCUUCACGUGUAAUUUCAGCUGCACGCCAGGGAGAGCCCGGCAUGUCUUUCAUUUCAGAAUGGUUUGCACAGUAUUUGCAGUCAGCAGCAGCUGCAUGUCGGGUGUAUGCCAACUUAACAUCUUGCCAAGCUCUUGGUAAUAUGUGUGUGAUGAACAUGCAUUCUUAUGACUCUGCCCUUGUGGAUGCAUGUCGCCAGUUUCAGAUCAUCUUUGAAAACACUACUGGAAUGAGCACAGUGCAUUCCAUUUCAUUUUGGAGACAGAAUCUUCCAUGGCUGUUUUAUGGAAACGAAUCAGGAAUGGCACCUCAGAUACUCAGUAGUACACCUCUUCCUAUGAAUUUCAGUUUUAAAGGACAAAACCAGAAUACAAAACUGAAGUUUGUCGCUGCUUCCUAUGACAUAAGAGGAAACUUUCUUAAAUGGCAAACUUUAGAAGGAGGUGUUUUACAGCUUUGUCCAGACACAGAAGCAAGAUUAAAUGCUGCUUAUUCUUUUGGAACAACCUAUCAACAAAGUUGUGAGAUUCCUCUUUCUAAGAUCCUAACUGACUUUCCGACUCCUGUAUUUUAUGAUAUUUACCUUGAAUAUACUGAUGAAAAUCAACAACAAAAUAUUUGGGCUGUACCCGUGUUAAACUUAAAUCUUCAGCACCAUAAAAUGUUUGUGAACCAAGAUAGUAGCUCCGCCAAGUGGCUUCUGACUCGGCGCAUCUUCUUAGUGGAUGCAGUCAGCGGAAGAGAAAAUGACUUAGGAAGUCAGCCGCGAGUAAUUCGAAUCGCUACCCAAAUAGUGCUGAGCAUCCACCUUGUACCUGAUACAAAAAAUGGAAACAUAUACCCUCCCCUAAUCACAAUUGCCUACAGUGAUGUUGAUGUCAAAGGUCCCGACAGCCAGUCUGUAAAGGUUUCUUUCUCAGUCCAAUAUGAAAUGAAUCAAGGAGAAGCAUUUGUCCAGACAGAUAUUGCUCUGGGUGUGCUGGGUGGCCUUGCUGUUUUAUCAGCCCUUUUGAAGACGGCGGGGUGGAAGAGGCGCAUUGGGAGCCCCAUGAUUGAUCUACAGACAGUUAUGAAAUUCUUGGUGUUCUAUGCUGGUGAUCUGGCCAAUGUCUUUUUUAUCAUCACAAUGGGAACAGGUCUUUAUUGGCUUAUUUUCUUCAAAGCACAGAAGUCUGUCUCUGUUUUGCUUCCGGUACCAGCUCAGGAAGAACGCUUUGUGACUUAUGUGGGAUGUGCUUUUGCUCUGAAGGCUCUGCAGUUUUUGCAUAAACUCAUAUCCCAGAUGACCGUAGAUAUAUUCUUUAUUGAUUGGGAACGGCCUAAAGGAAAAGUUCUUAAAGCAGUCGAAGGUGAGGGUGGUGUACGGAGUGCCACCGUUCCUGUCAGCAUUUGGAGAACGUAUUUUGUAGCCAAUGAAUGGAAUGAGAUUCAGACUGUGAGAAAAAUUAAUCCACUCUUUCAAAUACUUACUGUUCUCUUCUUCCUGGAGGUUGUAGGAUUCAAGAAUCUAGCAUUAAUGGACUCAUCUUCUAGUCUCUCUAGAAGCCCAGCUAGCUACAUACCCCCUUACAGCCGCAUACUGAGGUAUGCCAUAUCUGCUGCUCUUUGGUUAGUCAUUGGAGUUACACAGAUUGUGUUCUUCGCUGGCUUUUAUGAGAGAUUCAUAGAGGAUAAAAUUCGACAAUUUGUUGAUUUAUGUUCAGUGAGUAAUAUAUCGGUGUUUUUGCUGUCCUACAAAUGUUUUGGGUAUUACAUUCAUGGCAGAUCAAUCCAUGGACAUGCUGAUACUAACAUGGAAGAAAUGAAUGUGAAUCUGAAAAGAGAAGCGGAAAAUUUGUGUAGCCAAAGAGGUUUGGUGCCCAACACAGACGGCCAGACUUUUCAGAUUGCGGUUUCCAGCCAAAUGAGACAGCACUACGACCGGAUCCACGAGACACUAACAAGGAAAAACGGCCCUGCUAGACUAUUGAGUUCAUCAGCAAGUACGUUUGAGCAGAGUAUAAAAGCGUAUCAUGCAAUGAAUAAAUUUCUUGGCUCUUUCAUUGACCACGUUCAUAAGGAAAUGGAUUACUUUAUAAAAGAUAAAUUGCUUCUUGAAAGAAUUCUUGGAAUGGAAUUCAUGGAACCAAUGGAAAAAAGCAUCUUUUAUAAUGAUGAAAGUUACUCUUUCAGCAGUGUACUGUACUAUGGGAAUGAAGCCACGCUUCUUAUUUUUGACCUGUUGUUCUUCUCGGUCGUGGAUUUGGCUUGCCAGAACUUUAUUUUAGCAGCUUUCCUUACAUACCUACAACAAGAGAUUUUUAGAUUUAUCCGUAAUACAGUAGGACAAAAGAAUUUGGCAAGCAAAACAUUGGUGGAUCAAAGGUUUCUGAUUUAAUUUAUUGAUUAGGUAACUUAAGGGUAUAAACAGUCAUGAUACAGGUUUGCCAUAUUUUUUAAAACUUGUAAUACAAAUUACUUUUUGUUUUUUUUACCAACAAGAGAUUUAUUUUUAUAAGCUGUGAAAAUGUGUGAUAUAGUAGAAAAUACUGUUUUCCCAUUAUGUCUUUUUCUUAAUUUACUAAUUAACACUAAUAACCUAGAAAAAUGUUUAAAUGAUCCUUUCCACAAAACACUUUUUAGUGAUAAUCAAAAUAAUUGUCAUCUUUGUCUCUAUGGAUCAUUUCAUAAACUGUCAUUUGCCUACAUUCUUUCAGAUUAAUUUCAAGUUUAUGUCAAGUUCAAAGCUAGUUUUCACUUCACUGUUUAUGUUUUAUUGACACUUAUGAUUGAAUAAAGUUUGAUACUUUCACGUGUCCUUAGCAAUGAUGAGUGGUGUUUUUGCCGGCUCCCUUUGCUUUGCUGUGGUCGCUCACCCUCUGGCCGUGGACUCAGGCACCGGUAGGAUCUGGUGAAGGGGCACAAGUGUGUCCUUCCCACCCGGCCUCACCGCGUCACCACACCUUCCGGGGAGUGCGGACGUCUUUAACGUGGUUCACACUUGUGUGGCAAUGGGGACCUUUCUCCCACUGUAGUGUUCAGACAUUUAAAUUGCUUAAUAUUUUUGCUUUUCAACUGUUUUUAUCUAUUAUUUUUAAAGAUUGCAAAUAACAGAGUGUAAAUUUUUCAUGUUCUGUUUGAAGCAAACUUGGGCUUCAUAAAUCAGGAUUUUCUUUUUUAUAAAAGUGUAUGUUUGCAACACAUAAUAGUUUCACUAUGGGGAGUCAGUGUGUGUAAACCUCAAAUCUUGAUCAUUUUUUGAUGCCUUUUUUCUCAACAUUUCUUUCUUGCCCAUACUUUUGAUCCUCUUCCUCUCUCUAAAAGUUUGCUUCCGUUUCCUACCAUUUCUAUUUUAUUUUAUAUUUUAUUUGUUAAUACUUUGGAUUAACUUUUGGAUUUCCUUAUCAGAGAAACCAUCAGUAUUUAACUUUCUACAUGUGAAAGUUUUUUUUUUCACUUAACAUUGUGGUCUUAAGAUUCAUCUAUUCACAUGAUUUCAUUCUUUGUUAUGGCUGCAUAAUAUUCCAUUGCAUAUAUGCAUCACAUUUUCUUUAUCCAUUUAUCUGUUGAGAGGCUCUGUUUAAAAUAAGGGAAAGAAUUGAAUUCAGAAUAUCAAAGUAAACUCAAAACCAUGUAGCUAAUACUUUUCCACUUUUUUUUCUCAACAUACUCUGUAAUAAUUCUUUCCUAUGGUAUACCAUGUCUUUGAAAGAGCCUUGUAUUUAACAUACGAUUCUUAAUUCCCAAACCAAUAGGUCUUAUUUUACUUUGAUGCUGUGUAAAUAAAUAAAUAAGUGAUAUGUAAAUAUUGUUCAUAUUUCUGACCUGAAAAUAUAUAAUAAAAUCGUCAAUGGUUC